AUGGCGUUUUGGAGGAAACAGCGUCUUGUGCUCGCCGCUAAAGAUGAAACUGCUGAGGGCGAGUCGUUUGGUGACUUUACUGAUGGAGAAAGCCGUGAGCAGGCUGAACCUCUGGACUCUCAGUAUCCAAACGUGAAGAGGGCUCUACAGCAAGUGUUUGAGUGCGCCUACGCCCAGCUGGUCCUGCCUUGGUACUGCGUUCCCGAGGCCCGUGAGCACCAGCCUCUGCACCAGGUGCUCAGCAGGGAGGUUGACUUCAUAAUCGACCAGAUCAUUGAGAGAGCCAAAGACUUUGAUGUUUGCCAGGCGGUCGUGGGCUCCAUUCGGAUUUUGACCCAGCACUUGCAUAAUGCAAAGCAGUCUGACAGAGAGCUUUUGUUCGCCUCCAGAGCAGAGGAGGUCGCAGUUCUCCGUGAGUUUUCUGAUGCUCUGGUACGUAACCUUUUUCCCGAAUCUCUCUGGGGCCAAGAAGUCAACCGCUGUGCCUUAAAUGAGAUUGUUGCCUUAAAGGGUUUGGGCCUGCUGGUGACAUGGCUGUCUGACCCCGACAACCUGAACCAGCUGGUGGUCAGCCAGCUCGACAGCGUGACCCCCAAAGGCUCUGUGGAGGAGCUGUGUGGAUCGGACCUGGAUCAAGUCUCUCUGGCUUCACAGGAAGGCGAGGGCAGUGAAGUGAACUUGGAGGGAGCAGGGAUAUCAACCAGCACCAGGAUCAAGGCCAAAAGUAAAGGUAACAAGUUAAAAGAAGGAUGGUCAAAAUUUGUGGACAAGAUGAAGUCCAAGAAGGCCAAGAAGAAGAAGAUGAAGAAGAUGGAGCAGGAUCUGAUGUUGAGGAUCAUGGCGAUUCAGGGAGACGUGUCCAACGAGGACGACGUCAGUAGCAGGGAGGGCUCCGUCCACAGUCAGCCUGACUCUGACAGGGAGGACAGUGAUCUGGAGAACUACCUGACAAGCGUCCAAGAGGACAUGAUGGAAUUCAAGCUGUCGUAUGAGAUGUGGUGUGUAGGCUGCUGGGCUGUCAGCAUCCCUCGUGCUGCCUAUGAGGACGAGGAGCUGAUCUUCACUGUUCACCUGGAGGAGAAGGACAGCCCUGAGAACCUACAGUGGGACAUUAGGAAGACCUACAUGGAAGUUAUAUACUUUCGCAACAGAUGGCAGGAGUCAACCAGCCUACCAACAAUAAUGGUGCUGGAGGGGUCGGAGGUCAGCGCCGAGGUCAGAGAAGAAGCCAGAGUAUCGGUGGAGCACUUCUUGCAGGAAUUGGUUUCUGAUAAUCUGAUCGGCCACACUCAACCGGUUUUUCAGUUCCUCUGCCCUCUCGACAAGCUGCUGAAUGAGGAGGAACAUUAUGGAGGCGUGUGGGGCCUUCUGAGUGGUUUGGCUUACUUCCUGACUCCAGGUCAAGAGGAGGAAGAGAGCUCCAGCCCUCAGACAGAAGCUCCAAAAGAAAUCUCAGGGCCAUCUUUAAAUCCAGAAUCCACAGCUCUGCCUUCAGAAAACCCUGGUGCCUCUACUGGGAAGCGCAAUGAUCUUCUAGGUGCUGCAGUCCCAACUAUUGUUAUCUCCCAAUGCGAUCCUCCUCCAGAACCGCCUGAGGAAGCUGAAACCGGAAAGCAGUCGACGCCAACGUAUGUAAACGAACGCUGCUUCCAGGACAAAACGGAGGAUUCUGAUAAUCCCUUAACUUCUCACUUUAAAAUGAUUUUCAAAGGACUGACCCGAUCCAGGUCACAGGAGUCUCUGGUCUCGGCAAAAAACGCAGGUGAUGAAGAACCGCCUGAUUCAGACUCCACGCUUCACUGGAGACAAAAUGGAAGCUUGCAGGGGGAGAGUGCAGAAGGUCCGUCUCGGCUUAAUUUCAGUGCAUGGUCGAAUAAAAAGGAGAAAACACCUUUCAGGCUGUCGGGUGGAGCUAACAAGGCUAAAGGGAGGGACCAGGGUACUUUGCCAAGAGGGGAGGACCCCCAUUGUCAGAAGAGCCAAGUCAACUGGGAGCAGCUGGAGGCGACCAAAGCCAUAUUUGAUCUGCUGAAGGAAAUAUCUGGAAACUCCAUCCUCAUAAACAUUUUUGAUGCCAUUUUGAAGCCUGUUAUGCCCAUCUUGAAAAAAAAAGUGAAUGCUUUCCUAAACAAAAUGAACCCAACAGAGGAGCAGAUGGCGUCGUACAUCGACACUGUGAGGGACAAACAGUGGCCAGAGAUUCAAGCAGCACCUCCUCUUCCUCGCACUGAGGAGGAGAAGAAUGAAACCAGGGAUCGAGCACACAACCUGAUCAAUGCCAGAUAUUCCAACUAUCUUGUCCUGAAGAAGACGGACAUGGAGACUGUUUUUAAUCUUUUCCAGGACAGCGAAGAAAACAAAAACCUGGUAUAUAUGCUUCUGUCGUUCCUGUUGAGGGAAUUUUUUCCCAGUGAGCAUUCCCUAAAUGUGAGCGCUGCAGCCCUGCAGAAAGUGACCAACUCCACCAACUGACCCGCGAAUCCUCGAUUUUGUGUUUUUAAUGAUACUUUUUUUUUGGCGGGGUAACAUUUUAGAAUAUGACAUUAUUUAUUAAAUAUCUUAAAAUGCCUUAAAAUAUUUGUGAUCCUUUCUGUAUUGAUGUCAGACACUUCUUUGUGUCGUUUUUUUUUAACUCAAGCAUACUGUGAACAUUUUGUGAACUUCCUUUGGUUUUUAUUUUGUGUCGCUGAACUUUAAAUGAAUUUGCGUGUGAAAUUAAAAACAUUCUUCACGGGAGCUGGAUUUUGCGUUUUGUACUUGUAAUGUUAAACUCAGAGGAGAAGGUAAACUGUAUUUCAUAUUUCACCCUUCACAUUUUUAUGUAAAAUAAUUUAGAUUUUUUAAAAUAUUUGGUGUCACUUUGAGCACUUGCAUACGGUGAGAGUGUUUGUAUACUGGUUAAUUUUGCCUAAAGUUUUAUAAAACAGAAUAUCUCAUGAUGACUGAUCACCUAAAUCUGUCAUAUCAAUAUUAUUACAAAUAAAAUAUUUUGAUAAAGUUUU